AUGGCCCUCGCAUCCUACAUCUCCUUUUCUGCCCUCUACGAAAUUGAGCAGCGUCAGCUACAACGUAGCGCAGCAGCUACCUCUACCUCUGCCCCUGCCUCGAGCAGCAGCAGCAGCAGUGGUAUCAUGAGGCGAGACUCAAACUCUUCCACCAGCUCAACUUCAAGCAGCAGCACCUCUUCCUCUCGUGUUCACUUCCCAAGCACUCCUCCUUCUCCUUCUUCCUCUCCUUCUUCGGCGGAAUCAGUCUACUCUUCUCACUCUACCAGCCUACAUGCAGCUUCAAGGCGCUACAGUACAGAGGAUGGUAGUCUACCCCAUCCACCACGUAUCGCUGAAGUCUCUGCACAGGAUUUGAGCUUGAGGAGAUAUGGUAGGAGGUAG